AUGCCCUGCAUAGACACCCCAAAUGCAAAGAUGACCAUCCAGCUAACCGUCGCUGCACCGCCCGGCCUUACAGUUGUUUCUAAUGAGCCGCUUGCUGCGGUGUAUGGGGACCUAACGGCAUACAGCGUGGAGGCGCAGCAGCCAUUUGGCUGUUGUGAAUCUCUUCCUCCUUCAAUUCUAGACGAGCUACCCCGAGAAAGCUGCCGUGUGUGGGUUUUCCAGCGGACAGGUCUCAUAAACGAGUUGCUGUUGGAGAUCCUCGCGCCUUCUCUGCUGCGCCCGUUCGGGAGUGUGAGUCCACCUGCAGCAGCAGCAGCAGCAGCAGCUGCUGCUGCUGCUGCUGCUGCAGCAGCUGCAGCGGCAGGGGCUUCAAGCAGCAGCACCUGCUGCAGCCUUUCUGCUGCCGCAGCUGGGGCGCCGUUUAGUUUCGCUGCCCCCGCUGCUACUGCUGCUGCUGCUGCUGCAGGAGCAGCAGCAGACGUAGAAAGCCUUAUUACUGCUGUGCAUACACUCUACCGAGGUAUUUGUUCAAUGUGGAUAAGCAGCAACUGCUGCAGCUGCUACUAUGGGGGCUCCUGUGUCUAUACAGCUCAUAGCAGCAUCAGCAGCAGCAACAGCCGCAGCAGCAUCGCAACAGCACGAGAGCAGCAAAACAGCAGCAACUCUAUCUCUAGACGCAGCAGCAGCAGCUGCUGCUGCGAAAGCAGAAGACCAUAUCCUGCUGCAUGCAGCAGCAGCAGGAAUACUGCUGCUGCUUCUGCUGCUGCUACGCGUUGCAAGUUCUGCUGCAGCGAGAGCAGUACAAGCACUGUAUUUGGGAGCAGCAGCAGCUCCGUAGACGAAACCAGCAGCAGCAGCAGCGUCAGCAGCAGCAGCAGCAGCGACAGCGACAGCGACAGCAGCAGCAGCAGCGAGUGCAGCGUCAGCAGCAACAACUUAGGGAGGUCUCGCUUAUUCUCUCUCGGCCCGCAGCACCACUUGCGAUCCAGCAGCAGCAGCAGCAGCAGUGGUAUGAACCCAGCAGCAGCAGCGGCAGCAGCGGCAGCAGCAGCAGCAGCUUCGAUAUGCAGCGCCUCCUGCAGCAGCACGCUGCGGCUGUCCUGCCCACAUGAUGAUAGUUGGCUUAUACAUGCGGUGUCUAUACACCUCGCAGCUGAAAUACUUUCUAGACCCAAGCGAAAUGCAUUCUUACAGCAGCUGCUUCGCGUGCGGUGUAUGAGGAGGUUGCUGCCUCUUCAUAACCCAAUGCCACUGAGCAGCAGCAGCAGCAGCAGCAGCAGCACCACUAGCAGCAGCAGCAGCAGCAGCAGCGAUAGCAGUGGAGACGAGAACAGUGGUAGUGAGUCAGCCAGUCAGCAUUCACCUGCUGCUGCUGCUGUUGCUGCUGCAGCAGCUGCUGCAGCUGGGGUUUUAAGCUCGAUGCAGCAGCAGCAACAUCACGAGCAGCAGCAGCAACCACAACAGCAGCAGCAACAGCAGCAAUAUCAACAGCAAGUGCUUGACAGCAAUGCAUGGCCUUCAGCAGAAGUGGAGACAAACCAAACUGCAGCAGCAGCAGCAGCUGCUGCUGCUGCUGCACCACGGCACCUUAGGCGUCAGCAGCGCGGCAGCAGAACAUUCAGGCGCAGCCCCCGUUUGCUGCUGCUGCUGCAACAAGCAGCAGCAGAAGACUCGCUGUGGUUGCAUGCAGAACCUCAGCAGCAGCAGCAACACGAGAAGCAGCAACACCGUCAGGAGACAGCAGCAGGAAGCCGCAGCAGCACCCACCACAGCAGCACCAACGGCAGCAGCAGCAGCAACAACAGCAACAGAAGCAACUGCAACAGAAACAGCAGCACCAGAAGCAGCAGCAGCAGCAGCAGCAGCAACAGCGACGCCCUCAUUUGGCUCUGGUUUCAUAGCCAAAUCAAACAAUGGGCCUAUAGGACAGACCAAAAGGUCUCCGCCCAUCCCGUGUGCAUACAGCGCAGAAGCCACGCAAGCACAAGGCAGCAGCAGCAGCAGCAGCAACAGCAGCAGCAGCUGCUGCAGCACGGCGUGCUGUGGGCCAAAGCAGCAGCUUUGCUGCGGCAGCACCGUAUGGCGUUGCGAAUAUACGUCAGCCUACGUCAUGCUGCUUCGCCUUGCGUUCGCGUGCUGCUGGAGCACUGUCUUGCUGCUGUUGCUGCAGAGCAGCAGCAGCACCAGCACCAACAACAGCAGCAGAAACAGCAGCAGCAUGCGCACCAGCAGCAGCAGCAGCAGCAGCAGAAGCAGCAGCAGUAUCUCCGAGGGGAAGCUGCUGCUGCUUGGCGAACCAUCAGGAGUUGGUGGGGUUCCGCUGGCGUUUCUGUACUGAAGCCCGUUUCGAUGUAUUCUACAGACUGCAGCAGCAGCAGCAGCAGCAGCAGCAGCAAGGGCCUAUGUCUCGCUUCGCUAUACUUGCUUCAGUAUGAUGCUGCAGCAGCGCCAGCAACAAGUGCAGCGACAGCAAGAGCAGCAGCAGUAGCUGCUGCUGCUGCUGCUGACUUCUGCAGCAGGCCGAAGCAAAUUCACAAACUCCAGAGCCUCGCAGCAAUACAGAUAUCUGCUUUCUAUGCAGACCCAAGCUCCCGUUUGAUAGAGAAGAAGAUUUGCUGCGGGUUUGCUGGACAGGCAACUGCUGUUGAGGGUUUAGACGGGCAUACCCUUCCUUUGGCCCUCAUAGUUAACUCCGAUGAUGCAGCGUAUUUGCAGCCGUACAUGGAGAGGGAUGGACUGAUGUUUUUGCUGCAGCAGCAGCAGCAGCAGCAGCUGCGGAGCCGCAUGCAACGGCUGCUGCUGCUGGCAGCAGCGAUGAGGAAGGCGACCCAGGGACAAAUUGCCGUCGAAUCCAUCGUAGACCUUAUGGUGCAUGCACUCCAACGCGAAGCCGAUCCGUGGGUUUUGUGGUUUGGCCUUCGUUCUGUCGCCAAACUCAUUUUCCACCUAAUGCCGACUGCGGUAUUCCGCAAGGUCGCUGCAAACGUUUUAGAAGUGGCUCUGGAGAAUUCUGCUGCUUCGCAGCAGCAGCAGCAGCAGCAGCAGAAGCGAGUCCAACGCCGCAGACCCCUUAGCAGCAACAGCAGCAGCAGCAACAACAAACACAGCAGCAGCAGCAGCAGCAGCAGAGAAGAAGCGCGGGCCCCUUUGCGGGUAUCUUGGUUGCAUGCAGCUGUAACUCUUGCGGUGUCUGUUAAUCAUAUUUUGCUGCUGCUGCAUUUGCUGCUACUGCAGCCGUUGCUGCUGCAGCAGUUCAGUGCUCUCAGCAGAGGAAGUGCUGCUUCUCCCUCUGCUGCUGCAGCUGCAGGCAGCUGUUGCUGCAGCAGCAGACGGGGUCGUUGGCCUUGUUUGCUUCAGCUGCAGCAACCAACUCUGCCGUGUUGCGCUGCAGCAGCAGCAGCAGCAACAACAACAGCGACACCGACACAAGCAGCUGCAACAGCAGCUGCAACAGCAGCAGCAACGCCGCGCUUUUGUGGGGUUGCUCUUUGUCCGUACACUGCUCGGCUCCUUCGUUUUGCAUGCGGCAGGGGACGUGCUGCUGCUGCUGCUGCUGCACCUACUGCAGCAGCAUCACCUGCUUCGACAGCAGCAGCAGCAGCAUCGCCUGCUGCAGCAGCAGCAGGAUCACCUGUAGCAGCAGCAGGAGCAUCACCUGCUGCAGCAGCAGCAGCAUCACCUGCUGCAGCUGCAGCAGCAUCACCUGCUGCAGCUGCAGCAUCACCUGCUGCAGCAACAGGUGAUGAUGGAUCAACAUGCGGUUUAAAGAACGCAGCGCGCCCUGGCGACCUCAGCUGCUGCUGCUGCUGCUGUGUGCUGCUGCAGCUGCAGCAGUUCCCGCUGCUGCUGCAGCAGCAGCGAUGGCUCCUUUUAGAAAGGCUUUGUGCUGCGCCCGAGCGGCUAUUAACUGCAGCAGUAAAAACAGCAACAACAGCCGCAGCAACAGCAAAGGCAGCAGCAGCAGCAGCAACAGGUGAAAACGAGGCUGCUAAAGCAGCAACUCCAGCUGAGGGAGCGCCGUCACCUGCAGCAGCAGCAGUAAAAACAGCAGCAGCAGCAAAGGCAGCAGCAGCAGCGCAGCAAAGGCUUUGGGGAUUGGCAAAGGCGCAGCUUCUAGCAGCAGAAGCAGCAGGAGACAGCAGCAGCAGCAGAGUUGCUGCUGGCUUAUCUCGCUGUCAUGCUGCUGCUCCUGUGCUGCAGUGCAAAGAGGAUAUCUGGGCCCGCAUCAUGGAUGUACCUGCUGCUGCUGCUGCUGCUGCUGCUACCGCUGCUGCUGCUGCUGCCUUCUACCAACGCGUAGAGGGCCACGACGAGAUGCUGCUGCAGCAGCGCCUAGAGCAAAGCCAACAGCAGCAGCAGCAGCAGCAGCGACGGCGCAGCAGCAGCCUUCUGCUUCCCUUUGAAGAGAGGUUCUUUAGGCAGAUAUCUGAGGUCGCAGCAGCAGCAGCAGCCAGAGAAGAAACAGCAAACAAGCAGCAGCAGCAAUCGUCCAACUAA